CUCCGUGCUGAAAACGAAGCACUGAAGGUCAUGCUUCAGAAAUACGAGUAUCGCGUUAACCACCUUAUUCGUUCUCUGGAAGAGGAAGAGAAGAAAAUGGAAACGGUUGACAGAUUGCAGUACCGUAUUAAUCACCUUAUUCGAUCCCUUAACGAGGCCGAGAAUGGAACGUAAGGAGUUCUCUCCAUUCCUUCUAAUGUGUUUAGUACCGCCCGCUAUUGAGGAGGCGGAUCCUUUCUGGAGCCUUAACUUGGUUGUUGGACGCAUUGUGUCCGCGCACAAACAUCCCAAGGCAAACAAACUGAUUUGUGAGGUGAUUGACUGCGGAGAAUUCGGUCAGGAGCGUCGAAUCGUCUCUGGUUUGUAUCCCCAUUACCAACCUGAGGAAUUGGAGGGCAAGCGUGUGAUCAUUUUCGCCAAUCUGAAAGAAGCACUUCUCCUCGAGUCUCCUAGCCAUGGCAUGGUUCUCUGUGCUUGCAGUGCAGACCAUUCUCACGUCGAAGUACGUGGAGUGUUCUCUACUGAAAUGGAUUACAUAGAUGAAGCAAUAAAGGAGAUGCACCUUCCUUCUCGAGUUACGAUUUCAAAGUUAUCAUCGUAUGGUAACUCGUUCCGGAUCAAUGCGCUACGCAACCUAGCACUUUCAAAAGCAUCAACCACUCAUGUUUUCAUAGCGGAUGCUGAUAUUUUGCCUGCAUGUACACAGAAUGAGUCCAACUUUGACUUUACAGAUAAUCUUCGCGACACAUUUUUGUCUUUACCGUUUCAUCUUUUACAAGACUCAGCCCAGGCAUUUAUUGUGCCCUUAUUUGACGUUCCUUUCAAAUCAAUUCCCUGUAAAACUUGGGUCUCCUGCAUUCAACCGUAA